AUGUAGGAGCCGGCAACUCUGGAUUAGAUGAUCUAAGUUUAACAGCGCUUGAAACUUAUCAUUGUUGGGGUUUUUGUGAGUAAAUUAGAAGAAUAUCAAUUUCUCUACUCUUUUUUUGAAGAUUUUAUAUAUUUAAAGCAGAUUUUGGCUAAAAACCCGCCCCUCCGCUGACGCGCACAGACAUCAUCAGUUCAUCGCUGCUUCAUUCAUCCUCCGACCUCUGCAGAUCUUGAAACCAUGGCUUUGAGGGGACCGUUUUCUCGUCUUCUCAGGGCCCAGCUGGGCCACACGGGCCAGCAGAGCCGAGCCCAGUCCGUGGCGGUGCUGGGGGCCCCGUUUUCCCGAGGACAGAAACGCGCCGGCGUGGAGCACGGACCCAGAGUCAUCAGAGAUGCGGGGCUGAUCGAGCGCUUAUCCAGCCUGGACUACUCGGUCCACGACUUCGGUGACCUGAGCUUCAGCCACCUGGAGCAGGACGAGCCGUACAUGGACGUGAAGUUCCCCCGCUCCGUGGGCGGGGCCAACCAGCUACUGUCGGGGGCCGUGAGCCGAGCCGUGGGGGCCGGACACACCCUGGUCAUGCUGGGGGGAGACCACAGCCUGGCCGUGGGCUCCGUGAGCGGCCACGCCCGCCAGUGUCCAGACCUGGGGCUGAUCUGGGUGGACGCCCACGCAGACAUCAACACGCCCAUGACGUCGCCGUCGGGGAACCUGCACGGCCAGCCGGUGGCCUUCAUGCUCAAGGAGCUGCAGGACAAGAUGCCAGGCAUCCCCGGGUUCCAGUGGGUGAAGCCGUUCCUCUCCUCCAGAGAUCUGGUCUACAUCGGCCUGCGGGACGUGGAUCCCGGCGAGUAUCACCUCCUGAAGGACCUGGGUAUCCAGUACUUCACCAUGAGAGACAUCGACCGGCUGGGCAUCCAGAGGGUCAUGGAGGUCACGCUGGACCACCUGCUGGCCAGGAAACAGCGAGCGAUCCACUUGAGCUUUGACAUCGACGCCUUCGACCCGUCUCUGGCUCCGGCCACGGGAACCCCGGUGAACGGAGGGUUGACCUACAGGGAGGGAAUCUACAUCACAGAGGAGAUCCACAACACAGGUCUGCUGUCGGCCAUGGACCUGGUGGAGGUGAACCCGGUUUUGGGCGCCAGCCGCGAAGCCGUGGAGGCCACGGCGUCCCUGGCGGUGGACGUGAUCGCGUCGUCGCUGGGCCAGACGCGGGAAGGCGCCCACGCCUCGGCCGACGGCAUCCCGGCCCAGAAGAAGGACACGGAGCAGCUCUGCCUCUGAGAGCGCCGGCCCGCCGACGGCCCGACCAUUCCACCGCUUCACCCCUCCCCGUUAGCCUCGGCCGCGGACGCCACGGAGAGACACCUAGGCGGAGGUUUCCCGGCGGCGCGCCGAGGCGUGGAACUAGAAGCACUUAUAGAUGGUAUUAAUCACUGAUGUGUGUGUCGCUACCAGAACACGACCCGUCCUGCUGCUGCACGCGUCUCGUGAGUUCGGCCUCAGAGGCGUGAAAAGGUUUGACGUCUUGCCGUUUUUUCCCCCCCCGCCGGCGGUCCGGUCCAGUGCCGACCGGACCAGACCGGUUGGAACCGGUUGGGGGCGGAGCCAGUUAGAUGAAGACUAGAAAAAAACGUCACCUUUCAUCCUCGGACCAGUUGUGGUUACUGUAAUUUUUGUUUUAGAGUUUACUUUUGUAUUUUUACUUUGGAUUGACCAGGACAUGCACGAGAAUACACGUGCAUGAAUGUUUUAAUGCAUCAUUAAAUAAAAUGUAAAAGAAAAAAAAAAACCUUAAAAAAAAGAAGGGAAAAAUCCAGUUUGCGCUGAAAUAAUGACGAUAAAAAAAGAAAACUUGAGCUGGUUGUUGUUCUUUAUCUGACGACAUUAAAGAGAUUUUAUGUAGCUUCUUUGUU